AUGUCCAACACUAACGUUGGCUUUUUACUCACACUUUCUCUUAUUGCCACUCGCUUGUAUGCUGUUUUUAAUAGUAUAAUAUCAGAUUGUGAUGAGGUUUAUAACUAUUGGGAACCACUUAACUUUUUGACCAGGUAUUUUGGGAAAAAAACCUGGGAGUACCAGCCGGAAUAUUCAAUCAGAUCGUGGACUUAUUUACUUCCUUAUGCACUUUUGAAAUACCCCUUGAAUUGGCUUCAGAAAUCUCUUGAACUCUCUGGAGCCUUUGUUCGGGGAGCAAUUCCAGCCUACUCUUAUUUUUAUCUUGUUCGUUUAGUGCUUGCAGUUGCUUUUUCCUUUGCGGAAUGUUACUUGGCUGAUGCCCUUACCCUUGUGUCAGGUGAGCUGUCUAAUUGGUUUUUGAUCUUUGAGAUAUUCAGUCCCGGUGUGUUUCAAGCUUCUGUGAGUUUGCUUCCAAGUAGCUUUGCACUCAUUUUUGGAAUGUUUUCUACAGCUUCGAUCAUUAAAUACUUUCGCUAUGACAUGUUUAGUCAUAGAAUUGAAGAUGAUUUUGCUCAAAGCAUCGAAAAAGAAGGUGUGUCAUCCAAGCAAGAAGUGGAAAAUACUGAACAUUCGGAUUCAAUUAUUCCUGAUUCCACUUCUGAUUCUAUUGAGACGUCCUCCUUGGAUACAAAGCCCGGCCAGGAUAAUGCAGAGUUUAAGAAGUUAACCACACCACAAUUAUUUUUGUGUACUUUAUACAAAGAGGCACUCGCUGGACGUGAUCGCUACUUUGCUCUGGCAGUUGGAUCGAGUACAAUUGGUGGUAUCAUUGGAUGGCCAUUCUGCCUUGUUCUAACAGCACCAUUUGUUUUGUAUGUUGUCAUAAGCAUACUGGCUAGAAAGUCACCUUUAAAGCCAUUGUCCACUAUUAAUAGCAAAAGGUGGGCCUUAUUUAUAUACUUUUUAGCCGGUAUUGCCUGUGUGUAUAUGGUCACUUGGACGGGGCUUGAGAUUGAUUCUCUCUUUUAUAACAAAAGAACUAUUGUUCCAUUAAAUAUUGUUCUCUACAAUGUGUUACAUGCAACAAAAGAGUCUGGUCCAAAUAUUUUUGGUAUUGAAUCUUCAUCAUACUAUUUUCUAAAUUUGCUACUCAACUAUCAUGUUAUUUUUUUGUUUGCUCUUGCAAACUUACUCACAUUUUCUUCAGGUCAUUUCAAGAUGGGAUUCAAGGAAGGGCUUGCUGCAUAUAGAUUACCCCUUUUGCUUUGGCUAACUAUUUUUACUCUCCAGCCCCAUAAGGAAGAAAGAUUUAUGUUUCCUGCUUAUCACAUGAUUUCUAUAAGUGCAGCUUCAUUUGCUUCGAAAAUUUUUAAGAUCGUUGUUUCUAAGAAGAAGGGAAUAUGUUAUCAUAUUGCACGUUUCGUAUUUUUGCUCGUUGUUGUUCUUGGAGGAAUCUUAAGAAUUACUUCAUUAGUUGAAAAUUAUGGAGCUCCAUUAUCUGCUUUCAAAGCCUUGUCUUCUCAUGAUACAAUUGUUUAUGAUGCAGAUUCGACGACAAUUGAAAACGUUUGCAUUGGCAGAGAAUGGUAUCAUUAUCCUUCAUCCUUCUUUUUGAAGUCAAAUCAGCGUCUUCGUUACGUUGAAAAUGGCUUUAGAGGUAUGUUACCGGGUGAUUUUAUUGAACCUGGCAGCCAUACAUUUGGCGGAAUUAGAAACUCGACGAGAGUAGAUCAGGAGGGAUUUAAUAAUCUUAAUCAUUAUAAUCCAGAUUUUGCCAAUGCAAAGCUUGAUCAAUGCGAUUAUUUUAUUGAUAUUAAUAUGCCUGUGAAUGCAGAUCUUGGUGAGAUUUCUGUUUUUGAUGAAGAAGGAUCCUCAAUUCUUCCUGGGUGGCAGACUAUACGAUGUGAAAAAAUGAUCGACCCAGAUAAUUCUUUUGGUCUUGCUAAGCUCAUUCAUAUUCCGCUUAAUGAGAUUCAAAAGCUUAAAAUUUUCAAGCAAAGAUUGGAUGAAUGUCGUGUUGUUAAGAAGGUCAGAGCUUCAAAAGUUUACUCUUGUUUGUUUGACUCCAAAAUUUAUGAAUUUUUGAUGCACAGGAGUAUCAUCCAGCAAAUUAUGAACUCGAAUCUCUACAAAUCUUAUGUUAUUGCUUCAUUAUCAAACUAUGUUCGUGGUAUUUGGCGACAUUUAGUCAGUAAUUAUCCUGGGAAAGUUGUGUAUCAUAACUUCUGUGUUGCUAGACGUGUUUGA